GUCACUGGUGUGAGGAAGAUGGCUGCGCUCGUGAAGGCGGAAGUGUUGCAGUUUCGUCCUCCCUGGAUCAUGUGACUGCCUCCUGCAGAUCGGAGGAGUGAACUACACCAUGAACAACAAGGACACAACGACUGAGUCCGAGAGCAGCGGUCAGAUGAAAGUGUUUUUACCCAGUAAGCUUCUGGAGAGUCUGCCUCGCUCCAGCACUUUCCCCAAAGAGAGACUGCGCUGGAACACCAACGAGGAAAUUGCAUCCUUCCUGAUUUCGUUCGACAGACAUGACGAGUGGCUUUCUUGCACGCUCAAGACCAGGCCACAGAACGGUUCAGUCAUCCUUUACAAUCGCAAGAAGGUCAAAUACCGGAAAGAUGGAUAUUGCUGGAAGAAGAGGAAGGACGGAAAGACGACCAGAGAGGAUCACAUGAAGCUGAAGGUUCAGGGCAUGGAGUGUCUUUACGGUUGUUAUGUUCAUUCCUCCAUCGUCCCAACAUUCCACAGAAGAUGCUAUUGGCUGCUGCAGAACCCAGACAUCGUUCUAGUGCACUACCUGAACGUGCCGUCGCUGGAGGACAGUGGGAAGUCCUGUGGACCGGUCUCAUGUGCUCUGACCGACCGCAGGGACAGUCUGCGCUGGAGCCGAGACGAACUGCUGUCUCAACUCAAACCCAUGUUCCACAGCUUGAAAUGGUCUUGUGGAGGCAACGGUUCUGUGGAGCUCUCAGUGGAGCAGAUGGUGCAACAGAUCUUAGAAACACAACAGACCAAACCACAACCACGAACACACACCUGCCUCUGCGCAUCUCCCGGAUCCAACAUUCCUCACCGCUGCAACAGCACCAGACACCGCAUCAUCUCGCCCAAACUGCCCCCCCCUCACCCCGCCCUCAGCGAGCGGCAGAAUGUGUCCAGUGAGGGCUCCGGAGCGGAGGUGGAUCCCGGCGAUGCUUCAGUCGCUGUCAGACCUUCAGAGAGGAAGCAGCCGCCAGAAGAUGGUGGGCGGCUCGAGGACACGGGGGGCGUGGCUUCACCGUGCUCCUCCUCUUCUUCGUCCUCUUCGAGUCCGCCCCAAACACAGCGGGCGGCGACAGUUGCUCUUAGCAACGGUUUCUACGGUGACCAGCGGGGUGGAUUGGCAGCGGUGGCACUCCCGCAGAAUGCGCUCAUCGUCAUGACGACGGCAGCACCUGUGGGGCGUGGCUGUGGGGAGGAGCCAAACACUGAGCUAGGCUCCACCCACCUGUCGCUCACCCGUGCCGGCGGGCGACUCGUUCUAUCUCCUGUGCUACCCAAACAAGACACGCCCUCCCCGUCAAGCUCCGCCUCACCACCGAGCCCCGCCCCACCCAAUCAGGGCGUGGCUACACUGUCACUCACUCUCCUGCCCAGCCCUGUGAUUGGAGGACUGCUGUUGACCUCUCGGAACACCCCCGGGAUGCUCCUGCACCCAACAUCGCCCGCGCUGCUCCCCUUCGACCCCGAUUCCUUUCUCAACAGCCCCAAACAGGGGCAGACCUACGGAGGCCCCGCCCUCACACCCCACUCCAACUCCGCCUCCUCUUCCCCGUCUCCACCUCAUUCAACAUCUCCUCGGUCUCUCGCUCUGUCUCUUUCUCCCGCGUCUCCGCCCUCGUCUCUAUCCUCCCUCUCUUCUGAGACGGAAAGGAAGAGUAUUCUGGGUCUUCCCUCGUCCAGUCCUGUCUCCCUGUCUCUUUCUCUCUCUCCGACGCAAACGAUUCCCGCGCUGCUGCCGUUGUGUCUGGACUCGUCAUUAGAACUCGAUUCGUUCAGUCCGCCCUCCGACAACAGAGCUCCUCCCACCCAAUUCAACGCUCAAGCCCCGCCCGGUCUUCUCCUGCCCAAUCAGCUCUCUCCGGCCGACAACAGGACGAACCAGGUAACACCCUCCCUCGAAGUGCUGCCGACCAAUCAGCUGUCUCCAGAGGGAGAAAAGGCGGAGUCACAGCACACUUGUCUUCUAGAAACACACCCUAUGUGCAUUCAACCACUGAAUCUGACUCCGCCCCCGGCCACGCCCCCAUGCGUGAGUCCUAUACAAGUGAAGGAGGAGCAGUCUCCGCCCACUCAUGCACAUUUUGAAUCAGACGUCACGCCUAUGGACACCACCCACAAUGCCCAUAUAGAUGGUGAGGAGGCGGGGUUAACAUUUGACUCCUCCUUCCCUGACCUCAUAUCUGAGCUGAUCUCAGAGGAGCCCGUCAGCCACCCGGCCACCCUGUCUCCGCCCGUUUACCCCGUCAGGUACAUGGUUCCUCCUCAGCCGACCCCGUCCACCUCGUUCCUGCCCUUCCCGCUCCUGACUAACACACACUCGCUUGCGUCCGGCGGCUCUCCGGAAGAAACCCCGCGGCUGGCCAACAUCACGGACUUCUCACCCGAGUGGUCGUACCCGGAGGGCGGAGUGAAGGUGUUGAUCACAGGCCCGUGGUCAGAGACAGACGGACGAUACUCCUGUGUGUUUGACCAGAGCAGAGUUACAGCUUCUCUCAUCCAGCCAGGAGUCCUGCGCUGCUACUGUCCGGCUCAUGAAGCUGGACUCGUCGCUCUGCACGUGUUGAAGGACUCCAGCGCCGUCUCCUCCUCAGUGCUGUUCGAGUAUCGCGCUCGCAACGCCUCGUCCUUACCGAGCUCACAGCUGGACUGGUUAUCACUGGAUGAUAACCAGUUCCGGAUGUCGAUUCUGGAGCGUUUGGAGCAGAUGGAGAGGAGAAUGGCAGAGAUGUCCAGCAGCGGUCAGCAGAACCAACACAUGAUUCACUAUCAUCAGCAGCUGUGGAGGAACCAGAGCCCUGCUCCGCGCUUGACUCCUGAAAACCAGUCGGGGCUGUGGUUCGAGCGCAGGAUCGUGGCUGUGUGUGAGCGGAUGAUGGCCGGCGGUCGCUGGGAUCAAGACGCUGAGAGAGACACACUCACACACUCCGUCAGACACCGAGGGAUGACACUGCUGCACCUCGCCGCCGCGCAGGGAUACACACAGCUCUUACACACACUCAUACGCUGGAGGAGUAUCAGUGUGAAUAGUCUGGAUCUGGAACAGGAAGUGGAUCCUCUGAACGUUGAUCAUUUCUCCUGCACACCUCUGAUGUGGGCGUGUGCUCUGGGUCAUCAGGCCGCGGCGGUGUUGUUGUACCGCUGGAGCAGUGCGGCUCUGGGGAUCCCGGACUCUCUGGGUCGUCUUCCUCUGGCCGUGGCACAUUCACGAGGACACACACGUCUAGCGCGCUGUCUGGAGGAGCUACACACACACUCUCAGACGCAGGAACACACACUGGACACACCCUCGCCUCCGUCUCCACUGUCCAGCAGCCCUGACACGGGUUUGAGCUCGUCCAGCAGUGUCCCCUCCCCCAGUGACCCGCCCUCUCCCUCCCCAAGCUCCGCCUACUCCAGUGGCUCUGUUCCUGACCCCAUGGACUCCGCCUCUUCCCCCUCCUCCCCGUUCUCAGCCCCGCCCCCGGCCGGUUCCAUUGACUCUCUGUUCCUGAUGGACUGUGAGGCCUCGAGUCCCUCCCUGCCGGCCGUGUCGCUUCACUCGGAGCUCGCCGACGAGCUGCUCAACUACAGCGAGAACGCCGAGAACGAGGACUUCCUGUCUGACGAGGUCCUUCAGGUUGACAUGGCAACAUUGGCCGAGCAGAUCAUCGAGGCCACGCCUGAGCGAAUCAAACAGGAGGAGUUUACCAGGGAGGCGGAGUCACCGCUGCGAGAGAGGCGGGACAAUCCUGCCAUUCACGACACCAUGCCGUGGCUCACCACUUACCUCGACAACAUCGACAGGAGUCGGUGUCUCACCCCUCCCUCGCUCCUCAGUGAUCUGGCGCUGCAGAGGCUCCGCCCCCCGAGCAGUGUGGCGUGGGCGGAGUUUCUGAACGCCUCAGCCAAUGGAAGGAUGGAGAGAGACUUCGCUCUGCUGACGCUGACAGACACGGAGCAGAGAGAGCUGUAUGAAGCUGCACGUGUCAUCCAGAACGCUUUCCGCAGAUACAAGGGGCGGAGGCUAAAGGAGCAGCAGGACAUGGCUGCAGCAGUAAUACAGCGCUGUUACCGCAAAUACAAACAGCUAACAUGGAUAGCACUGAAGUACGCUCUCUAUAAGAAGAUGACGCAGGCGGCGAUACUGAUCCAGAGUAAGUUCCGCAGUUAUUACGAGCAGAAGAAGUUCCAGCAGUCUCGGCGAGCGGCCGUCCUCAUCCAGCAGUAUUACCGCAGCUAUAAAGAGUACGAGCGCGUCAAGCAGGGCCCGCGCGGCCCCGGGGCCCUCAGCACCAAGCUCAAAGGCUCGUUCCUGACCAAGAAACAGGAUCAGGCCGCGCGGAAGAUCAUGCGCUUCCUCAGACGCUGCAGACACAGGAUUAAGGAGCUGAAGCAGAGUAAAGAGCUGGAGCACAAAGGACUGACCACCUGACCACACUCACACACACACACACACACACUCACACACUAUCAGAGACACACACACACACACAGGUUUCUCUUUGGCUUCUUCUUUCCCGUCGUCGCUGGAACACUACUUUGAUGUUCAGUUUUCCUGAAUGUUGGGAAUGUUUUUGUGUAUUAAUGGAUCUCUAUAUCAAUGUAAACAGCAUCUACUCUCACAUAUACUGUAUGAUCAGACACACACAGCUGAUCGUGUUAAUAUGAACUUAUUUAUUGAUCUCACCGAGAUAUAUUUUAUAAGUGACAGAACGAGCGAACGAAGGUCGUGGCCGUAUCCAAAGUCUUAAAUUGUGGUUGAAUGGAAACACAUUGGAGAACACGAUUGUGAAUCUAAUAUUAUUACCCUUUUAUCUUCAUUAAAUAUAAUGACUAUAACCUCAGUCCAGCAUAUAAAUCAAAUGUUGAGCUCUUUCAGCAGCAUCUGUCAUAUAAAAUCAUUUUGAUUCGUCGUUUGUAAAGACAAGUCAAAAGUUUCAGAGAAACAAACAUGUUAUCAAACCUGAACAAACCUGAACACAAAUACCAAACAUGUCUUACAUCCUGAGAUAAUUGAUUUAGGAUUUUUACCAUCUCUAAAAACUUUUUUCUCUCUUCAAAAAAAUUAUCGUAAUUUUUUAUAUUUUAUUUGUAAUCCCUCAUUGUUUUCCUCUCUUUCACAAAAGCAGUUCUCUCUCUAAAUAAUGUUUCUCUACAGAAGACGAUUAGGGCCAAACAAUAAUAAAAAAUAAAAUCAUCAACAUUAAAGUCAAUAUAAUGAGAGAUUAAUUACAUUUCAGGAAAAAAUUCAAAAUAAAAUGUUGAGAAUAAAAUCAUAACAUUUUGAGAAAAUUGCGUUUCAUGAAAAAAACGUGUGAAAUUUUGCGUAAAAAAAAAACGUACUGUUCAUUUUUUUCCCAUCACAUAUCCAUAUAAAAGUGGAAAUCAAUUGCCUAACGAGUUUUUAAUAAUGACGUAUUAAUUGGCUAGGUUUAGGGUUAGGUACUAGUAAGGCAGCUUCUAUUUAGUUAUUUUAAUAAAAUAAAUUUACACUUUAUAUUAUUACUGCAUCCUGUUAAUAUACAACAGUACUGAGGUGCAAAUAGUAUUGCCACUGUAAAUAUAGAUAUAAAUAGCAUCUAAUUACUAUUUAGACUUAAAGAUCUUCUUUUCCACAGCAUAAAAGAAAAGCUAUUUUCACUUCGCGUAAAAGCACAUCGCUAAAAAUAUUACGUGUAAAUAGCAUCUAUGACUAUUUGCGCUUAUUUUUGACUAAUUUCACUUAAUUUCUUUGACUUUUUUUUACUCGAAGUUUGAGUUUUUCUCACAAUUUAUUUUUUUCUUGAAACAGACUUUUAUCUUGUAAUUUGAUGAAUUCUCAACAUUUUAUUUAGACAUUUUUUCAUGAAAUUUAACGAGUUUAAUCUCGCGUCAUAAUAACUUUAAUCUCAAGAUGUUUUAAUAUUUUUAUUGUUGCUUGGACAUAAUCCUCUUCCAUAGAUCCAAGGCUCAGAAGCUAGUUUCUGCCACAGAAUAAAGAUAUAAAUGUUUUAUUUCACAAUCAGUUUAUAGGAUUUUCUUGAGUCUGUUUGAUGGAUAUUAUUGAAUGUGCCUUGAGGUGUUUCUAACUAAAUUACUGUAAGUUCUGUCCGAUUCAGACCUGUAUGCAUUAGUCUGUAAAUACUGUACAAUAUAAAGAGCUGGUGCGAAUAUAUUUAAGAAUGCUUGAUGAAAUGUGUAAUUUAUUCUCUUUACGGAUUGCUGAUAUGCACGCUUAUAUUUACAUGAGAUUCUUCAGCACGUCUUUGCUUGCUGGUGUUUAUCGUUUGCAUGAACUUCUGUUUUUGUUCAUAUUUCCACUCACUUUAGUACCGCUGAUGUGACUUUAUUUAUGAAUAUAGAUUUAUGGACAUGUUUGAAUUGAUUUCUACUGUAUAAAUUCAUUCUUUCGGGGCUGUUUCAUAACAUUUCAUUAAAAUUCUUCAAACUCAA